AUGGAAGCGACGGCCCUCAGACGAUCCGCGGCUCUUGUAGCUCGCGCCAGCGGCCAGAAUGCAAUCCGGCCUGCCGUAUGUGCCGCCAUCAGCAGCACAUCACCAACACCACCGACCCAGAUCCAGACACAGCAAACAAGACAAUUCUCGGCCCUCAACCGCCCACCACCAAACUACCCUGGCCAUGUCCCUCUCACUCGCCUCGAGCGCUUCGGCCUCUUCGUCGGCUCAGGCCUCAUCUCCCUCGCCGACCCCCGGCGCGGCGACCUAAUAGCCUCCUUUGCCGAAGCCACCGCAACGCCCUACUUCAUCUACCGCCUGCGCGACGCCAUGCUGUCUCACCCCACAGGGCGUCGCAUCCUGCGCCAACGACCGCGCAUCACCUCCCAAUCUCUCAACAUCCCCUACCUGCGUUCUCUGCCGCCCAAUACCGUCGGACGGACCUACAUUGACUGGCUCGACCGCGAAGGGGUAUCUCCCGACACGCGCUCGGCGGUGCGGUACAUCGACGACGAGGAGUGCGCGUACGUGAUGCAGCGGUACCGCGAGUGCCACGAUUUCUACCACGCUUUGACGGGCCUGCCGAUCGUCCGGGAGGGUGAGGUGGCGCUAAAGGCGUUUGAGUUUGCGAAUACAUUGUUGCCGAUGACGGGGUUCAGUGUUUUCGCGGCGUUCACGAUGAAGAAGAGCGAGCAGAAGCGGUUUAGGAAGAUUUACUUCCCCUGGGCAGUUAAGAAUGGACUGCGGGCCAAGGAGGUGAUCAACGUCUUUUGGGAGGAGGAGUUGGAGCGGGAUGUGAAUGAUUUGAGGAGGGAGCUGGGCGUGGAACCGCCGCCGGAUUUGAGGGAGAUCAGGAAGCGGGAGAGGGAAGAGAAGAGGAGGAGAAAAGAGAUGGAGCGGAUGCUGAGUGGGCGCGGGACAGAGGACAUCAUCCAGAAGGCGGAGAAGGAAGCUGAGGUGGUGGCGGAACGGGUGAAAGAGAUGAAGAAUGAGGUGGUUGAGAAGGUUGGCGAGGUUGUUGGGUCUUCGGCUAUAAGAGGAUAG